CUAUUUAACCAUGGCAACGGAGGAGGGAGAAGCCAAGGUAGGAGAGAGAAGAACACCACCACCACCACCACGAGGCGGAGGUGGACGGUGGGGAGAAGACGCGCGAGGCGAAAUCGGGGAAGAUCUCUCGUGCUGGGGAGAGAAAUGGCCCAUUCUGAUGAUCGCCGGUAAUUCCACCACCGUCAUCCGCCUCCUGGUGAGGUUUCCCGUCGGAAAUCGAUGCAAUUGCAGGAGCGCGAUCUGAUCUAUUGGAAUGGUUCACCCCAGGUUUCUUGUUGCUUGUUCAGGCUCCAAACUGUGCUUCAUCUCCAACUGUUGCAGUAACUAUUGGAAUAUGAUUGGUGGUGGGAUGAUGAAAUUCUUGGUGUUGAUGGGGUUUGAUUCAGAAACCUCAUUGUAGUUUUAGCCUUCUUGUGCCAGCGUAGUUUAGCCGAUUGUUACUGGAACAAUUGAUAGAGACUUUGUUGCUGAAAGUAAGAGGCUGAAGUGGAUCAUGGCAAAAUCUGAGUAAGAACGAAGUGCAGAUAAUAAGAAAAUCGUUUUCUCCUUUUGCUGAAGUGACUCUACCGAGAUGGGUUUGCCUCAGGUUCCUUCAAUCAAGGAGGAAGUGCCUCCUACAAUAAGUGCAUCUCUUAUCGUCCGUCCUCGUUUUGCAGAUAAUGGCAUAUGUCCUUUGGGUAAGCUUCCUGCAGAAAGCUCAAGUAAUAGGGCAUCUCCAUGCUCAUCCAUUGGUGAUUUCAGGAGAAAUGACGUAUUAGAUUCUUUGAGUGGAUUUGAUGGCCAUUUUAGAGCCAGCCAUGCUGCUUAUGGGCCUACAGGCUUCCAAGGACUAAAACCUGAUACUGGUGAUGCAAGUUCAAGAUCAUGCACUAAAUUGGGGUCAAAUGUUCAGGUUCCUGCAAUGAGAAUCGUUGGCUUUGAAUCAGGUUUUGCUAGUUCAACUGGAGGUCCUGAUAAGAUGGCAGAUGACAAUAUGGAUUCACCUUUAAUCAUGGAUAAUUGCCACUCAUUGAUUGAACAGCAUAGGUCUCAGGCAAGGAAAAGGGUGUUGUCACCUUUGAACAAUGCGCUCCCUGGACAUUUCCAUGGUGAUGCCCUGCAUAUUGGUUCUGAUGGUGCCAAAAUUCAGCAUUCUGAUUGCCCCAAGAGACUUUAUCCUUAUGGCUUUCAAGAUUGUAAAAAAGCAAACACUGCAAUUCUCGAUUCUUUCAAGGCACCUAGAUGGCCUGUUAUGAGAAACUCCAACUGGAGUACAGAGCUGGUUGUCGAUAAAUUUAGUGGUAGUACGCUCACUGAUGGUCCUUUGCUUGAGAGCAGUGAGUCAUUAUACUGUUCAGAUCACCUGGAAGCUGAAAGCGUUAUGAGUAUUGAAAAUACUGCUAUUUCACUUGCAAAAUUAGUACAUCCUCCUCUGCUUAAUCUAUCUCCUCUUGGCCCCAAAUGGAUGCACGCAACAAAGCCUGAAGCAGCUCAUGGAGAUUUAAUGGGAGAAAUUGAAACGAAAGGGUGUGAAGAGUAUUCAGAACGUCAUGCUAGGUUAAGGAUAAGAGAAGCAUUAGAAAAAACUAAUAUCUUACAUGAUGACUUUAACGUGAAGAUUCCUAAGAAGAUUUUAUGUAACAAAUUACAAAACUGGGGCCCAGAUUCUGCCCCUGUAUCCCCACGCGUUGGAUGUAUUCGGAGUAUUGGUCUCCUUCCUGUCCGAAGGUCGUUGAUUGGUUCUUUUGAGGAAUCUCUUUUAUCUGGUCGUUAUUCCUGUGGAAAAGACAAUCAGAAUAUUGAUGGUUUCCUUGCUGUCUUGAAUGUGACUGGUGGUAAAUUCUCUCCCCCAACUCAGAAGCUUCCAUUUGCAGCAGCCAGCAUUGACGAGGACAGCUCCUUACUGUACUAUUCAUCAAUCGAUCUUGCGGGGAGGUUGUCGGUGAGCAGCAGCAAAAGCCCAAAGCUCAAAAGGAGCCUGAGUAAUCAUGAUUCAAGAUCAGUUAAAAGUCGGUUACGCAUCCCAGUUAAAGGGCGUGUACAGCUGGUUGUCAGUAACCCAGAGAAGACACCACUACACACCUUCUUCUGCAACUAUGAUUUGACUGACAUGCCUGCUGGAACCAAGACUUUCGUGCGGCAAAAGGUCACUCUGUUCUCUGUUUCUCCCUCUAAUCAAAUGAAAGAAGGAAGCAAGGCCAGUGAACUAAAGGUCGAGUCAGUCAAAUAUGGAAGUGAACUUAGAGAAUGCGGCACUCUAUUUUCUGAAUGCUGUGGACCGGGUCAGAACUGCAACUUGACUGAUGAUUCCGAAAAGGGCCACCGUGAGAACCUGACAUGCUGCUCUAUGGAGUGUGAUAUUAGAGAAUCAAAUGAGUUUAGUUCUCUGGAAAGUUCGGAAAAUGGCAUUAGUACCAACAUUUGCUGCUGUCAAUCAGACACAUUUCCCUUGGGUGAGAAGAAAUAUUGCUGUAGAUCAUCCAAGAUCAAUGACACGGCUGGAGGAGCUCUUCGUUAUGCUUUGCACCUACGAUUUCUGAGCCCAUUUGCCAAGAAAUCAUCAAGAUCUAUGCAGCGUUGCAAAUCUGAUGUAUCAUCAGAACCAUACAGCAACAACACAGGGCCUGAGGAACAUAGACGAUUCUAUCUCUACAAUGACAUUAGAGUUGUCUUUCCUCAAAGACACUCAGAUGCUGAUGAAGGCGAGCUCCGGGUUGAGCACGACUUCCCUGCUGAUCCCAAGUACUUCAACAUAAGCAACUGAUAUUUGCCUGCAGCCCCGCACACUUCACAUGGAACCUGUACAUAUUAUACCCUCACUAACUUGUUCAUCAGUCCCUUGUGUUUAUAACCAUUUACCCAUGUGUACAGGACUAAUCUUUCAAUGAAAUACCUUAUUUCAUUCAA